AUGCCUCCACGGAAAAGGACCAAGCGCACUCACUCACCCACGCCCCACGGCGACACCACAGCGCAGUCGAGCGCAAACACCCCGUCAAGUGACAGCGCCGGCAAGACAGACGCGGACUAUGACCUGAUCACCGAUCCCUGGACAGAUGAACAAGAAACAGCAUUGCUCAAAGCGAUCAUAAAAUGGAAACCAGUCGGCCUACACAAGCACUUUCGUAUGCUCGCAAUUUCGGACUACCUAAAGAGUCAAGGAUAUGCACCCUCCACAGCAGAGCAUAUGCGCAUCCCAGGCAUCUGGAAGAAGCUCGGCUCAUUAUACAAUUUGGAAGCUCUCGACGAGCGGGAAGACUCAUUAAUUGCCGAUGUAACCGAAGAUGAUGAAGGGUCAAGCGAAAUGUAUUGCCCAUUCGAGCUUCCAUACGAUGAAUACGGCGAUAUGAUGUUUGAGCGGCGACUUGCAAUGGAAGGAUCCUUGUCGCCCGUGACUAGUCGUGCCAGUCGUGCAGGCGGAUCGAGACGAGGAAGUACAGUCGCAGAUACAGAUGAACCACGGUCUUCGCCUGUCCCAUCUCGAGGUCGCAAAUCUAAUCGAAGUGCCCGUCCUGCCACGCGAGGGACACGCUCAACCCGAUUGCAGGUGGAAAUUGGCCCAGGGAGUCAAGGUAAGGUAUCAGACGAAGGUGGCGAUUCAGCCGAAGAUACUGGGGCGAAUGAUGAAGAUGACGAGGAUGGCGAAGAUGUGUCUGAGGGAAACAGUGAUGAAGAUGAGGGUGAGGGAGAGAAAGGCGGUUCGCGAAGCACUCGAGCGCAGACCUCUCGCUCCAAAGCAAAAGACAAAAAGCCUUCAACUAGCACUGCGACGCGCAGGACUGGCCGACGACGUUGA